ACUCGGAGGAAACUCCGAAGUCGAACAAUUGAGGCUGUUCUUAGUCUUUUUGCUCUUGUGAGUACUUCGCGACUAGUGUCAGUUCUUCAUCGCCUUGCGAAGCGCGCGGUAAGCGUCGGAGCUCAGGUCCUCUUGCAGCUGAGCCGCGGGCAGCCAUUCAGCCUUGGGAAAUCCUUUAAAUCUCACCAAAAAUUACAAAUUUGCUGUCCUCGAGGCCACGCACCUGCUCGCGCUUGCCAUUCCUGCUGCCACGCUUGCCCGCAGGCUUGUUUGCAGGCGCAGCUGGUGGUGCCUCUUGAGCUUCAAUAGCGCGUGUAGCCUGCUGCUGAGUUGUGGCAAGAGCACGCGCAACACGCCGCACCUGGCGCUGCUCCUGUGCUGCCUCUGCCUGGCGCUUCACCCCGCCUGCUACCCUGUAGUCACUUCACGAACCAACAGCAUUUCUGACGGGCUAUGCAGGCGUCGCUUGCCCUCCACGGCGAAUCUAUAGCCCUUCUGCCGAGUCACGGUGUACAAAUGUCCUGUGCAUGGGUGGCCAUCUCCUUGUCGAACAGCCCCGUGCCCUCCAACAAUCGUACGCGGUCACCAGGCUUGAAGUCCCUUGUGCAGCGACAGCAUGAAGUCCACACCUGCGAAUGCCUCAUCAGAGGGCGGAGCUCCCCCACCACGCUAAAAAAGUAGCAUUGUUUUGCCCUGGGUACCGUGGGUGAGAGUGUGGCAAAGCUCGCCAGCGGCGGUGGCCCAGGUGGCCUUACCCAGAAGAUGCAAGCUCCUUGGUCUGCUUAGUGCUGCGUGCUGUUGUACAGGUCAGACACCUUGGGCAGGAGAUGCGAUAUCCCGCAUGCUACUUUCUGGGUGCUACUUUCUGGGUGGUCUGGUAUUCCUGACACGGGCUGUUUCAGAGCCGCUCAGUCUCUGGAGGGAUUUGCACAGGCCUCUGGAGGGCUCUGGAGGGCUCUGGACGGCUCUGAAGGGCUCUGGAGGGAUCUAAAGCCCUCUGAAGGGCUCUGAAGCGCUCUGCAAGGCUCUGCAGGGCUCUGCAGGGCUCUGCAGGGCUCUGCAGGGCUCUGGAGGCUGGUAACCGAGAAGGCCCCGAUGCGAUCCGCCCGAAGGGGCAAGGGGCAAGCACCACCUGUGCGCCCGGCCGCCCUGCAUGCUUGGCGGGUCAAUACCCUGUUGGCCCACUAUCCAGUUGCAAAGGCCGCGGCAACCCACAAGAUGCCGAAAGCCAGUUGAGGAGUUGAAAAACUCCGAAUGUUUGGCAGGUCGGCGGCACGCCGCACAGCGCACACCUACCAUGGGGCACAAACCCAGCCCAAGCCUAGCCGUCCACCGACCGCAAGCACUUACUGGCAUUCCACCACCAGCCCAUGUACCCCGCACCACUUCAACAACUCCAAGAGCCGCGAGGGGAAGGCACGGAUGCCAGUGCCUGGGGCACGCUGGGCCAGCGAAGUGCCGCCAUCCGUCCUAGUUGCUCAUCAAUGUACCCGUCCCCGUCACCGACCGCGACACGCAACAUGUCGGAUAAGAUGGCUGAGCGCGGCUCAGUAUGAGUCUGGCGCGCAUGCGGUCUGCGCGUCGAAGAGGACAUCCGGCACACAACUUGUGUGACACAAGCGAGCACCGGCAAGCAAAGCCAAGUUUGGUACAAAGCAAGUUUAAGCAGUACAUUUGCCCAAGGCGUGCACUGCACUAUGCAUAUUAUCUUUAGUACAUGGUCGAUGUUUAGCCUCCGCAGUGGGACGGUGUACCGCGAUACUAUGAACUGUCAAAGAACAAAGGAAUAUCAGAGGGUACAUAGCACGCGUGUGCGAGGAGAACUAGGAAAA